GCGAAAUUCUUCCGCGUGUCCCAACAAGCUAUCAGUUUGGAUGUGUCUCAUUCGAAGUUUACUUGUUGUGUAACUGAGAGGUGAUUGUGAACACGGCAUAUAUUUCGGACGUUAUUACAAUAGGAGUAUCUCGUAACACAAGAGCUACCUGCAGCGUCUGUUGUCUGGUGAAGAUGCCUGUCCACUGAUAGAGAAAAUGGGCGCUCUUUGAGAACACUGCCGUCAACACACAGUGUUGUAAAAGUGGUGUCAGCAAGACCUCAAAGCUUGGAACAUCCUGAUUUCUGAAGACAUCGCCACCUAGCGGCGAUUGAUCUAUGCAAGGGCCGAAACCCAGAGUUGUAAGAUAGCCUAGAUGAGAAUAGCCAUGAUUUGUUCGUGUGGUAAGCGGUCUUUGGAAACGCCUCCAAUACUCGAUGUGGAGCGAAUACUGCAAGAUUAUGCUUGGAAGGACUUUAAAGAAAAAAGUGGACCAGUUGAAAAGAUAUUCCUGCGAAGACGUGAUUUUGAUAUUGAGGUUCCUAUGAACUACUUCCAUUUUGAAGACUCUGACACGAUUCUAAAAACAAAGGAUUCCAAAACAAAACCAAAAGCAGCAGCCGGGCAUUCUAUCCCAGAAACAUCGGUCCUGCAGACGCAGUUCAGAAACAAUACCAACAGAAGUCAGACGUACAAGUUCAGAAUAGAAAGGACAAGGAAGGCCACGAUCAGCGUCACAUUUCAGAGAGGAUUUUCUAUUGGCGGAAAGGCCCAGUUCAAACUUGGAUUACCGAAGAUGCUGUCUAAAGGAGGAGAAGUUGACAUGAGACUUCAAAUAUCCAAAACUACCGGGGAAACGUUCGACGAAACGUUGACAUUUGAGGCCAAUAGUGAUAUCAACGUUGAGGAGAACUGCAACUACACUGCCAAUGUGGCCUUCACUGAGAAGGAAAUAUCAGCUGAGUUCAUGGUGCAGACAUUGAUGAGAAUGCCGACUGGUACAGCGCCAGUUUACAUCAGGAGAAAACGAGACCAUGAACUUUAUGCAACAGUUUUUAUAAGCGACCUCAAAGACGUCUUCGCUGAUUAUAAAGCUUCAGCCGAAAUCAUUGACGAGUCUGCUAAGGACGCAAAGGUUGCUAGGUAUGCAAUCAAGUUUACUACAACUGGAAUUGUUGAGGGGAUGCGGCUUUCUGGACAGAAAAUCUACCUUGAUUCUAAGAAGUUAGAAAAGGGAGAUGCAUCUGGUCAUGACCUACCAGUUGUGAGUCAAAGUGCAGCUGCCCUGAUUGCAGGAGUUGGAGCCGCACAUCAUUCGGGAUUAUUUCGACCUAAUUUCCCAUCAGACAGUGAUGAUGCUAAGGAUGACUCCAUGGAUGGCGCCUCCAUGUCUACAUACAGAAGCAUAAACAAUGGCCAGUCUGAGACAAGGAUUUUAAAGGCACCUCAGAUUCCUACCAUCAUAACCACAGCUCCAAGCUCUCAGGAAACAUCGCCUCCGUCGGAAGCUGGCACAAGCACAAGUCUGGAGACACAAUCGCUUCCUGAGGACAAGAAUGAAGACGUCUUUGAAAAGACGUCUCCUUGUUCGUCUGCAACACCUACGCCAAAACCAAGUCCUGGAAAACUACCCUCGAAGGAACCCACGAAGGAACCCACGAAGGAACCCACGAAGGAAGCGCCGAAGGAAGCGCCGAAGGAAGCGCCAAAGGAAGCCUCGAAGGAAAAAGGAAAGGUGCCACUUAAAGAAACAAAAUCUUUGUCAAAAGGAUCUAAGGAUGAGACAAAAGCCCCUUCGCAUGAAAUGAAGUCACCAACCCAGGCUCCAAAGCCGAAGGUUGUGAAGGAAGACAGCAUUGGCAAACAUAAAAUGGUAAAAGAGGACAGUCUUACCAAAGCUGACGCCACCAAGCUUAAAGCAGAACCUCAAAGGGUUAAGCAUGAAUCGCAAAAAGUAAAAGAGGUCCCAAAGAUGAAACCAGAUCCCUCAAAGGUCCAGAAUAUUAAAAUACUGACGAAACAGACAUCUAAUCCGAAAGAGUCAACAGAGGCCACAGAGAAGCCAAAGGAGGACAAGACAAAGGAGGACAAGACAAAGGAGGACAAGACAAAGGAUGAGAAGCCAAAGGAAGACAAGACAAAGGAUGAGAAGCCAAAGGAAGACAAGACCAAGGAUGACAAGUCAAAGGACGAAAAGACAAAGGAUGAGAAGCUUGUGAUCCGGCGAAGCUUCAAACAUGAGACUUUGGAGAGAAUGGAGAGGGUGUCAUCGCUUUCUGAAAAGCCAAGAAUUCUGCCCAAGUCUGGGAGUUUACCCAGAGCAAGUGUUCAUUCGAUUGAGCCGCAGAGUUCAGAGGAAGAUAGUACAAGUAGUUUAAGCAAACUAUCUAAGUGCACUAGUGUCUGAUGGGUAGGCAUACAAUGGUACUGGCAACCCUUUAGACAUCCAAAAAUGGUCACAGGUACGUUCGUUACAACAACGUUACUCAAUAGCAAAGCAGUUAGACAUAACAGGCAUAAAUAUACUCGUGUCAUCUCAUAUAUCCAUGAUAAACGUUAUUCCUGAACUUUCGAAACAUAAAAUAAAAACAAAUAGAUGUUACAUCUGGACUGGAAGCAUUGUAGAGAUGUAGCUUAGCGAUCCCAUCACAUGUCACUUACAUUACCAACAUUUGGCCAUGAUCUAUAAUGUGCAGACAUAUUAUGAAUUAAGUGAACACAAGGCAUCAUGAUCUUUGUUACUUUUUUUGUUGACUUUUCCCUUGUAUAUAGAAGGUAGAAAUGUUAGUCGAUGAAACUGAUAUAGGAAUGUGGAAAAAGGCCUUCAAUAAAAAGCUAUUUACAUAUUCUGGUUCUUUUAGGAAUGCAACUAAUUCAAUACAUCCAAUACAAGAUUAUUCUGAAGGGGUUGAAAAUUCCAGAUUGGACGUAUUACUCACACACUAUAGAAUCAAACGACAUUUUAAUAACUACAUUAAUUCCAAUGAACGUUUAAACUGUACAAUAUGAGUGCCCUGCAAUUAGAACUUUCUUACUUUUCACUUGAUAUAAAUACUUUCCCUGAUGGGUAUCCAAAAUUUGAACAAAAACGUAGAAUUCACCAAGGACCGGUGCAUACUGCAUAUAUUAGGUUUAUUAUUGUACAUAACAGGACACCUUCGAUUUCACACCCUUCAUGGAAGCAUAUGACGUCAUUCAUUGUUUCGUGACGUCAUAGAAUGCCAUAGUGAGGUAGUUCAAGUAGAAAGAGAGCGUAACCGAAGCCUACUGAUAAUAGGAGCAUUCUACCAUGACGAUAAACAGUAUGCUGAACUGUUGGAUUCAAAUGAACUACCCUGGCUUCAAAGACUCAAUAACACCCUUAAACCUGACCCGUCGAAGAUCCGGGAUAGAAUAGGUCUUCAGCAACCCAUACGUGAAGGCGACUAACGGGAUCGGGUGGUCAGGAUCGCUGACUUGGUUGAUGCAUGCCAUCGUAUCCCAAUUGCGUAGAUCGAUGGAUGGUCUAGUCCAGACUCGAUUAUUUACAAACCGCCAUCAUAUAGCUGGAAUACCGGUGAGUGCGGCGUUAAACAACAGCAAACGAACGAACAAUAACAGCUGCACAUCUGCAAACAUAUGCUGUAUAUAUCCAAAGUCUUAAAUUUGGCAGCAGGUGUCAUGCAUGUCACAAGAUGAGAACUGCAUUGUAGCUUUGUUUUAGUACUUAUUAUAUUGCAUCAACAGUGCGUUGACAUCUGUAGCUGCUUUUUAGCAUGAAAGUGUUCCAUAGUUAUUUUAGCACUUUAUUGCGGAAUGACACGCGAAGAUGGGCGACGUGGUAAGAUGUGAGUUUUUACAAUUACUACCUAGUCUUGUCUGUCAUGUCGCUCGGAGAAGAGAUCAUAGUUUACUGUUUGAUGUCACACGAUGGACAUUGGUCGAGCCUAAAAGUUGAUGGUGAUCUCAGCUGUUAAAGAUGUAUUUUUGCACAUAAGAACACUGACACUAAUUGUGAUAAAGCACAGGUGAUAUUUCAAUUGCCGUAUGGACAUUGUACAUAGAGCAUCUCGAACAUUUUAUACUGAAUAUGUUAUCAAUGUGAAUUAAAGAAUGAUGCAUUGUUUUACAAAGUAACUCGGACAAGUCAAGGCACAAUGUGAACAGUCGUGAAAAUAAUAUAUAUGUCUGGUUUGGCAUGCAUUGUAUUGUAUUUGCCUGGGACUAAGGUAUAUCGGAUUGACAUACUAAAUAUAUGUUUGUUAAUUAGAUCAAAACUUUAAUAAGAAAGGUGAAUAAAGAAAUAAAAAAGGUAAUGAUUCA